AUGCAGCUCUCUAUCGCCACCCUUCUUGCUCUUGUAGCUACCGGCCUCUCUGCUCCAGCUGGACUAGAGGUCGGAUCUUGCGCUCUCACCAAGGACGGCAAGGUUAAUGCCCGAUGCGUCGGCUUUGACCCAGCAGCCCUUGCUCGCCGUGCCGGACUAGAGGUUGGAUCUUGUGCUCUUUCUAAGGAGGGCAAGGUUGAUGCCCGAUGCGUCGGCUUUGACCCAGCAGCCCUUGCUCGCCGUGCCGGGCUAGAGGUUGGAUCUUGUGCUCUUACCAAGGAUAAUAAAGUUGAUGCCCGAUGCGUCGGCUUUGACGCGGCGGCCCUUGCUCGUCGUGCCGGGCUAGAGGUCGGAUCUUGCGCUCUCCCCAAGGACGGCAAGGUUGAUGCUCGAUGCGUCGGCUUUGACCCAGCAGCCCUUGCUCGUCGUUCUGGGCUGGAGGUUGGAACUUGCGCUCUCACCAAAGAUAACAAGAUUGAUGCUCGAUGCGUCGGCUUUGACCCAGCAGCCCUUGCUCGCCGUGCCGGGCUAGAGGUCGGAUCUUGUGCUCUUUCCAAGGAGGGCAAGGUUGAUGCUCGAUGCGUUGGUUUUGACCCGGCGGCCCUUGCUCGUCGUGCUGGGCUGGAGGUUGGAUCUUGCGCUCUUUCCAAGGAGGGCAAGGUUAAUGCCCGAUGCGUCGGCUUUGACGCGGCGGCCCUUGCUCGUCGUGCUGGGCUGGAGGUUGGAUCUUGCGCUCUCACCAAGGACGGCAAGAUUGAUGCCCGAUGCGUUGGCUUUGACAAGGCUUAA